GAAAACGCAGGGGAAAAAGGCGGAAGUUCUCAAAGGUGCACAUUUCGGUAGCUACAUAACGUUUGUUUUUUCAUUCCUUCGUCUCUUUCAACUGAUAAAACUGCUUAAAGAGAAAAACGACAACUUUGCUUUUAGAAGUGAGUCCCUGCUUGCUACUUUAGGCCGUCUCAGGUCUUUAUCUUUUGCUUGUUUGAGUUUUUGCCGCUCAACGCGUUUUUAUUCUUUUCUUUUCUGUUCUUUCUCUUUCGGUGUCACUGCAGCCAUGCCGGCCUCGAAGCUCACCCGCUCGAAUUCGGAUUCGUGGUCGAUGAUGCCGACGACGGCGCAAGAGGGGUUGACGGAGGCGUCCACCGUCGCCGCUGUCCCCACCCCCUGCGAGACCCACGACACAUCUACCUCGCUUCUGCCUACCCAAGCGGUCGUUUCGCCUAGAGAGGCGGCGGAGGUUGACAACGACUCGGAGGACACCGCUGAGGUGAUGCGUGACGAGGAGGGUAAGCAGUCGUCGCUGGCGUCGGACGAUUCGUGGGUGGAGAUGACGCAGGCAGAGCUCGAGUCCCUGUCAGACGAUCCACUGGCCACGGAGGAGCGGGCCAAUGCUGAGGCCGCGGCGGCCACCGAGGAAGCGGCGACGGCUGAGCCGGCAACUCAUGCUCUCCUCCACACGGAGAGCGCAACGCGGCACGCACACGCCAGCGCGGAGCCCUCCGCCACUCAGCUCCAGAUGGCGGCGGCAAAAAACGAAGAGGACAGCGCGACGGAGCUGCGGGCGGUGGAAGGCGAGGCAACGCAUCCCGCGCCGCGGACCACGGAGGAGCCCCAAUCGGCACCGCCGGCAUCCCCGAAAGAGCGAGAAGUUGACCUGGCCGAGUUUCUAGCGAGACUGACACUCACGAAGGCCUACGGCGCCACCGCCGCGGCGCAGGAGGAGGAUAAAGUCACCGGGCAAGAGGCGGCCGCCCAGGUGAUCGCCUCCUUUGACGCGGCAGAGCCGACGGACGACUUCACCGUCCUCGCCGCGGAGGAGGAUCAGGAGAUGGAGGAGACGAUCGAUCUUGAGAAUGUGCCCUCGUCGGUGCCCUCCGCACGCAGGGGGAACAAGCGCCUCCCCAUCAACGCGGAUGGUGCUGCGGCCGCCGCUGCACCAUCCAGCACGCGUGCGCAGGUGACACCACCACCGACGGGUGCGACGGAGGUGCUGCGCCGCCGUAUGGUGGCCACCGAGUGGAUGCGCACCCUUCGCGGGCCAUCAUCGGAGCUGACGCCGGAGGAGCGUGUGGAGGCGUUUCAGGCCUUGUUCGGUGACCCUGGUGACGCCCCUAUCUCAGCGGAGCGUUUCAAGGAGAUGAUGGUGCCCUACGAGCGCCACUGUGACUGUCUUGGCGCUUCCUACGGCUUUCAUCAUCAGGCCUGCCGCUUCUACGAGGGAAGUCAGCUGACCUCUUAA